AUUAGAUGGGAUGUGGCGCGUGUAUGCACUGAAGGUCCCGGUGAAGAGCUGGCACGUCGCUGCCAAACCGCCGUGAUGGUGACCUCGCUCGCGGCGCUGGAACGUGUUCGUGACGAACGCCCUUCUGCGUUGGAGCGCGUGCGUGCAGUUGCCGGCUUUUCAGAGAUCACCGCGCUCGUGUUUGCUGGCGCGCUCACUUUCGAGGGUGCACUACGGCUGGUGGAGCGCGCCGCCGCCAUGAGCGCGGCCAGUGCAGAGCGACCUGGCGGCAUGCUCACAGUAUGGCUCUCAGCUGAUGCGCGCCUCGGACCCGCGCUCUAUGCGGCACGCGAAUACGCAACCAAGCAAGGCGUAGAAAGCCCCGUGUGUCAGGUCGCCAACUACUUAUUCCCUGGCUGCAAGGUAAUAGCAGGGGACGAAGAAGCUUUGCGGUAUUUGGAACGUCAAGGCAACACGUAUGGUGUGAAGCGAGCGGCGCGCGUACGCGUCGAGGGUGCAUUUCACACGCCUUUAAUGGCACGUGCAGAAGCAGCGGUCGCGACGGCGCUACGCUCAGUGGAUGUGCGCGAGCCCGGCGUACGCGUGAUGUCGUGCGUAGAUGCACACGCGUAUGGUGAUGUGAGGGAUGUGCGACGACGCGUGGCAAAGCUAACGACGCGCGCAGUCCGAUGGGAACAAACGCUACAUGCUUUAUACGCGCGGCCGCGUGGUGAGAAGUUCCCGCUGACACUCGCACUGGGUCCCGGCGGAGCUCUGCGCUCCACGCUGCGGCAAGUAAAUGCACCCGCAUGGGAUUCCUCCGUGCAAAUCGAUGUGUAG